AUGGUGACCAACCCUGCCAUCCAGUUCAUGAUCUACGAGACACUGCUGGCGCGCAUCACAGCAGCGCGCCCCGCUGCCAGGGGAGGGGCCAAGUCCGCCACCUCCACUGAGAUCUUUCUGGUGGGAGCGCUGGCCAAGAUAGGAGCCACGCUCGCCACGUACCCUAUGCUUGUCGUCAAGUCGCGCCUGCAAGCACGCCAUGCAGCAGGCCAACGCUACUCAGGCAUGUGGGACGCGAUAUUCAAGAUAGUGCGGCAGGAGGGCGUGAGGGGGUUCUACCACGGGAUGGGCACCAAGAUGGCGCAGAGCGUGUUUGCGGCCUCGCUGCUCUUCCUCACCAAGGAGGAGAUCGUCAAGGCUGUGCGCCUCGUGCUCGACCGCCGCUCCCGCCUCCUGCUGCAGCCCGCCCAGAGACGCGCCAGGGCCGUGUGA